UGAGCAGUAUUAACACCGCGUAGCAAUUUCAUCUUCCCAAACGUGAUCUCCUUUAACAACUGUGAGCACUCAAAUGCCUGUUGCCAGGUUACCGUCCAGCACUGUGAAAAGCGGGAUUGUGUACGCAAGCAGCAUGGAGAAGCACCGCUGACUUGCGCCCAUCUCUAAAUAAUGAAUCACCGAUGCAUUCAGAAUAGGGGGAACGCGAUGAAUAGGCGAGUGUGAUCGGGAUCGAAUCCUCAGCGUCGGAGCCGGGGGAAGCCAUGCAGCUCCAGUCUGCAACACAAUGCAAGGUGUCCGGCUUCAUACUGAAUGAAAGAUGCACCCUGUCUUCAAAAAUGGAAGUCCACCGGUACCAGAGUAUCUGUCAGGCGCGGGCUGCUGUCAUGGUAUAUGACGACGCCAAUAAGAAGUGGGUUCCGGCUGGUGGAUCUACAGGCUUUAGUCGAGUCCACAUCUAUCACCACACUGGCAACAACGCCUUCAGAGUAGUGGGCCGUAAAAUUCAGGACCACCAGGUGGUAAUAAACUGUGCCAUUCCCAAGGGGCUGAAAUACAACCAGGCCACACAAACGUUUCACCAGUGGCGAGAUGCACGGCAGGUGUAUGGCCUUAACUUUGGCAGCAAAGAGGAUGCCAAUGUAUUUGCCAGUGCCAUGAUGCAUGCCCUGGAGGUGCUGAACUCUCAGGAUGCAGGCCCCCCGAUGCCAAGACAGACCCCUCAGGUGCAGAAUGGCCCAUCACCAGAGGAGCUGGAGGUGCAGAGAAGGCAGCUGCAGGAGCUCCAGCAUCAGAAGGAGCAAGAGAGGGAACGACUGGAGCGAGAGCGGCUAGAACGGGAACGGCAGGAACGAGAGAUGCUGGAACGGGAACGUGCCGAAAGGGAACGUCAGGAACGGGAACGUCAGGAGCGUGAGCGGCUGGAGAGGGAACGUAACGAGCAGGAUCGUCUGGAGCGCCUGGAGCGUGAGCGUCAAGAGCAGGAGCAGCUGGAGCGAGAACGCCAGGAACUGGAGCGUGCCGAGCGGCAGCUGAUGGAGAGUGAGCGUGCCGAGAGAGAGAAGCAAGAAAGGGAGCACCAAGAGCAGCUGGACAGAGAGCAGAUGGACUGGGAGAGAGGGAGACGCAUCUCCAACGCCGCAUUUGAAAGCACCCUCUACACUCCUCCACAUCCCGAAUACAACAAAACCACCUCCUCCUCAUCCGUGUCUCCUUCAACACCCAGCUACCCACCACCGACACCAUCUCCCUCCACAGCCACUCCUCCAACCCCACCCCUGCGCCAUUCGGCCUCCCGAUUUGCCACGUCGCUUGGCUCUGCCUUCCACCCGGUCCUGCCUCAUUACGCCACCAUACCUCGCAGACAACCUGCUCCGCCCCCACCACCGCCCCCUGCCCCAGCUCCUCCUCCAGCUCCAGUCUCCAAAUCCGUAGUCUGGAUGGCUAACAACUUCACACCCCUACCGCCCUCACCUCCGGUCAUGAUCAGCAGCCCCCCGGGCAAGGCCAUGGGUCCUCGCCCGAUGAUUGUGAUCCCGGCCCCUAGUCCGCUCUCCCAGAAACCCCCCUCGCCCAUCUCGGCACCCAACGGGCCACCCACCUCGCUUCACUUCCACGCCUCAUCACCUGUAUCGAGUCAGCCGUUUUCUUCACCCCCAAUGCCACCCCCUCCGCCGCCACUGUAUUCCCCCUCACCCACCUUGCCCAUCACUCCUCUUGUGUCUUGUCCCUCACCCCAGCCUGCUGUUCUCCCUUCUCCUUCCACAGCCUUCCCUGCCUCUGCUGAGCACUCUGUAAACUCUGGGUUGGGAGACUCCUGCUCUUCUGCUCCAGAGCUGCCCACUCAGCCUGCUGACUUCCCCAGCCAGCCGGAUUCAGUACAGGGGAUACCAACCCCUCCACCCCACCCUCCCCCUCCCCCUCCCCCUGGCCCACCGCCUCCAACCUCAGGCCAGGCUCCUCCACCAGCACCAGCACCACCUCCACCCCCGGCCCCGCCUUUGCCCUCGGGUCUAUUCACCCCCUCGCCCACCACAGAGGAGAACAAGGGUCUGUCUGGGCUCGCAGCCGCCCUUUCUGGAGCCAAGCUAAAGAAAGUGCCACGGAGUGAUGAGCCCCUGGCAGGAUCUGCUGUGAGUUCUGGUGGUGCCAAGCCUGAGGCAUCCCGUGGAAAUGGUCCUUUACCUGGAGGAGGAGGUCUGAUGGAGGAGAUGAGCGCCCUGCUGGCCAGGAGGAGAAGAAUUGCUGAGAAGGGAUCAUCGCCAGAGCCUGAGCAGAAAGCUGAUGACAUUGAGGCUACCAUAACUCCAAAAGUGUCAGCCUGUAGCACACCAGAUAUGCCCAGAAAGCCUUGGGAGAGGACAAACACCAUGAAUGGUAGCAAAUCACCAGUCAUUGGAAGACGGGACACACCAUGGAGAAAUCAGAUGGGUACUGACAAGUACUAUGAUUCCUUAAACAGACCAAGGUCUACACCAACUCCUACCGGAUCCAUAAGUGCCAAUGGGGUGCCAACAGAAGCUCUUGACUAUGACAGAUUGAAACAGGACAUUCUAGAGGAGAUGAGGAAGGAACUAGCGAAGCUGAAAGAAGAACUUCUUGAUGCAAUCAGGGAGGAGUUGGGCAAGUCAAACUCUGCAUAGGAGGAUGAGAUGCACCUGUAAUUUUUAUCCACAGUCUGUCACUUCAGAGGUCAGCUUCAGUUUAAGACACUAUCUCAAAAGCAAUGAAAAUGGAAAAUUGCAGUUUUAACCAGUGGUGAUAAUAACCAUGAUAAUUCUGGAUCUGUUGAGUAUGAUGCCGGGACAGACACAAGUUUUGAGCGUGGGGGCACAAGAGGCGUAACAUCGAGAGGAUAACCAGACGCCUCAAAGCGACGCCGUAC